CCUGUUGCUGCUCUACAGCCUCUACACACAAGACCUGUUAGACUUUUCAACACCUCUUGGAGUUAGUAAACUGUCUGCUGCUGCUUUUGCACAUCACAAAUUCAUCACAACACUGAGGAUGAUGAUGGAUUCCUUCAUGUACAACACCCUAACUUUAAUCAUCAUCUGCAUGGCUCUGCAAGAGGGUUGUGGACACCCCUUAUCAGAUCGGGCAGAGCUGCCAACUCACGCUCCACUUUCACGGCAUGUCAGGACCAAACGCUGCUCCUGUAACAGCUGGGAUGAUAAAGAAUGCAUCUACUUCUGCCACCUGGAUAUUAUCUGGGUCAACACGCCAAGUAAACUCCUUCCGUAUGGUCUGGGAAAUCCCCUGUCUCGCCGUCGCCGUUCAGCCGACCGCUGCAAAUGCCUCAACCCAGCUGAUAAAUCUUGCUCCAGUUUCUGUCAUAAAAGCUCUCAGAAUCCAUGGACUGACGUUGUGGGCCCACUUGGAAAAUCUGAUAACAUAAACAGUAGCAAAUUGCUUGCAUCGUUCAGAUCUGCGGUUAAGUCCAAUAUGGCCAUCGCAAAAGACAAGAAGGUGGCUGGAGUCAACAGACGCAAGAGCAGAACGAGGAGGUAGAGGACUGAAUGAAAACCAGAAACGGUUCAAUCACCAUGAAUUCAAUCUCAUGGACAGGAGACUCCUCCAGCGGCCUUCAAUGGCAGCACCAGGGUUUUGAAACAUGUCUUACCAACUCUGGGGAUGCAGAGAUGGAAAGAUGGAAGGGACAGGAAGCAGGGGAUCAAGCAUUUGAUCAACAAAACAGAGCUUUGGAAGACUGGCAGCUGCCCAAUAUAGAGGCCCUAUGGCAGGAGCAAUGUUGGUUGGAGACGUUCAGAGUCAUCUCUUGAACUCUCCUUGAACUUUUCUGAACUUAAUAACAGUCUACAUCCAAGGAAGGAUCUUUCAAAGUCAAGGACGUGAGAACUGACUUUGGAACUAGUGGGCAACCACAUCAAGAAAGGUUACAAUGCCCCUUCGGUAACCAGUUAUUUGGUUCUUUGGGCAAAACUCUGGAUUGACUCAUCUACAAGGACAGUUUUAGAUCCACCACUCACCCAGACUGAGGAUUAUAGGAUCAUUAAGAAUUCCAGAGUCAUAUGAACUAUAAACUGUCCUUGAAACUAUUCAGUCAUUGCUGACUUUUAGUUUGGUUUAAUAUUCCUCUGUAUCAGAGCUGGAAUCUGCUGUCCUACCUAAUGUUUACGGCAAAUUAGCAAAUAGUAUUUCAAUUAUGAAGCUUACUUGAAAAUGGCAGCGUGAACACUCCUGGCACACACUGCCACAGUGAAAUGAAGGUCAUCUCUUUGCGAUUAAUCUAAUAAACAAUUAGCUUUAUACAACGUCCAUCGUCAGCUCUUCUAUACACACAUUUACAGUAUACUUUCUACUAGCAUAACAACUACAUUAGGUCUAUUGUCCUGGCUCAAGUGUUCCUUGCAUAGCUUUUGUUUAAUGUUUUGAUUGAAGAUAAGCCAGGAGGUUUCAAUGAUGUGCAGAUUGCCAAAAAAAUUGCAACAACUGUUUUUCUACCCUGACAUAUGUCCACGUUACUUUUCUGUAUAAGCUCCUGGGAAAUAUUCACCCUUGAUUUGUGCUAUGCACUUCAAAAACUAUUUAUCCAUUGCCCGCACAUUUUCUGUGCCAUGAAUCCAUUUAGUCCAUCUGCCCUGUUUGACUGCAGUCACCAGGAACUGAUUGAUAAAUGGAAAUAUAAACAAUGUAACAAUGGAAAAUAUUCAUCCCCAAUGCUGUAUACGAUGGAUAGUUUACCAGCUUGGAAGUUUACUGUUGAAUGCUGAAUGAUGGAAUUUAUUUAUUCUCUAACUUAUUCAGAGAUGUAUUUAUAUUUGUAGAAAUGAUGCAAUUGAUUGUAUAUGGG